GCAAUGAACAUAUAGGUCCCAAAAGUGAAUAAUUGUAAACUCAUGGUUUACAUGACACUGUUAAAAUAACCAAGUUAGGUCUACAACGGAAAUUACUAACACAUUAGGACAACUUUGAGGACAGUCAUAUUGGGCUAUGCCAAGUCUAUUCACGUUGAUGACACUGUUCAGCUUCGAGGCUAGAGUUAUCAAAAGUGAGUACAAAUUCAACCUUACUGCAGACUUAAAAUAAAUUUUAAAUGGCUGAAAUAAAGAUAAACACAUUUUUGGAUGAUAUUGAAGAGAAAGUAUUGGAAUGCUCCAUUUGCUUUAUGAGGCUUAAACAGCCUAAGUCUUUAAACUGUCUUCAUAGCUUUUGUAUGGAAUGCUUAGAAGAAUGGGCAAAUGCGAAAGCUGAGUUAAUUUGCCCAACCUGCUCAAAAUCAUAUCCUAUUCCAGAAGGCGGGAUUCAAAAGCUACAACCAAACACUUUUAUCAACAACUUAUUAGAAAGUAUUGAAAAGAUGGAGAAAAGAGAAUCAUUUGAGUGUAACUGUGAAAAGGGCAUAACGGCAACAUAUUAUUGCCAGGAAUGCAGACUGUACAUCUGCUCCACUUGCUGUGACCAUCACAAGAGAUUUCCCGCAUUAAAAAGUCACAUACUACACUCAGUAGAAGAUGUGCGAUCUAUGACGCCAUUAGAGUUUUCUUCUUUACACCGCCAACAGUGUGCCUUUCACAAUGAACCCUUGAAGUUUUACUGCAGAAAUUGUAAAACUGUGAUAUGUAUGCACUGUGCUAUUACUGACCACAACGUGGGGGACGGAAAUCAUAAGACUAUUAGUAUAUCUGAAGCGUUCAAUGAAUUUAAGGAGAAUGCCUUCGAGUUGACAGAAGCUGCCAAUAAUUAUAUCACCCCAAUACAAGCUGGCCUCACUAAACUAUUUCAGAACUCUACAAAAUUGGAAGAAAAUAAAAAGAAGUGUUUGAGAGAUAUUGACAGUCAUGUUGAAGUAAUGGCCCAACUUAUCAGAAAAAAUGGAAAACAGUUAAGAAAGAAAGUAAAGAAGGAAAUUGAAAAGAAAAAGAAAGAAAAUGAUGCCCAAAUUCAUGAACUUAAAACAACAAUAUCCGACGUAGAAGCAAAUAUAAAUGUUCUUGAUCAAGUAUUAAAAAGUAAUGAAGUGACAGCUAUGCAAUCAAGUGAAACGAUUAUUACAGCAUUGCAGGAAAAAAUCAAGCAACCGCCAAAAUUCGUUGGUGGUUGUUUAUUAAUUAAUUCAUUGGAUAAUGUAGAUAAAAUGGAUAAGAAAGAAAUUCAAUUCUUACAAAACCAACAGCAAAUUACUGAAUUAAAACAAAAUGGAAUUGGAAAUGUAAGUUAAAAAAGGUGGCAGAUUAUAAAAGAACUGAAGGUAGAGGAUAUAUGUAACCACUUAGAAAAAUAUGUUAUACGUUGUGCUUUAAAACUAGAGAGUGUAUAAGCAUAGUGUUUACAAGGUAGAUGUUAGUAUUAAUGGGAAUAUGUUAAUUACAUCAUUUGCAUAUUCUAGAAUUUUUGGAAAUUACUGUCGCGUGUGUUUCUCAUUCCUGAAGACGACCUAAUAAUGUUCGAAACAUCGAAUCAUAGCCUCCACCUUUUUAUUGGAUUCCUCUAUGUUAUGAAUACCAUCACUUAUAUUUAUAGUAUAUUAUCGAGGCUUAGACCUAUAAUGUAUGUAUAUUUACCACUAUAUAAUGCAUGUAAUUUUAGAAUUCAUUAAUAAAGGAUAUAAAUAAGGUCACUUUUCGAUAGGUUUAUCUUCGUAAGACCGCUACGAAUCGAUACUUAUUCGAUGCAAGAAAUCAAGUACCGCUCGUUUAAUAUUAGGUGGGAAUUCUUUCUUAUAAAUUAGAUGUUAGUAUUGAUGGUGAACAUAACCAGCAGUCCCUAAUGAUGAUCUGGCCCUGUAGAGCAGGUAGAAAAAUUAGUGAACACUGAUGGUGAACCAAACAAGCAAUCUCCAAUUAUUAUUACAUAUAGGCCUACUGAUUUGAGUAAGGACAAAAUGUUUUUGACGAUUUACCGUCCAGACGUGUGCACAGUUAUGGAAGAAAUAUAUCUUAGCACCAUUUUUUUAAAUGUCUUACCAUUAGUGACAUAUUCUAAUUUCUUAUUUAUGUUUAUUAAAAUAU